GCCUGUAAUUUCGCGGUGUUCGCGGCGCGCAGGCGCGUACGCACGCCCGGAUAAAAUGGCGAACUAAUUUCUAGUUGUAAUUUAAAGUACAUACAAAUAAGUGUUCGAAACCAUUUCUACCGGAUAUAUAGAACGAUUAAUGCAAUAUAACGCGCUCACCCAUGCCUUCCUUAUCGGUCGAAUUACGGGGACAUUGGUUUUUAUAUAGUGCUACAUAAGUCAUAUAUAAGUACUUAUAUGUUCAAAACAUCGUAUUACAGUAUGAUUCAACAGUUUAUGUGCUUGAAGGAGAGUUUUGGAUUAUUAAUCUCAUCAAAAUGGUAUGAAGCGAGUAAAGAUAAUUCUGAGAAACUGGAAGACGUAGCCUAAAAGGCGAGUUGCGGGUAAGGUUCGAGCGCGGCUCAACUCGCGGUCGACCUUACUAACAGGUGAGGCGGCGACGCCACACAGAACAUGAUACUAAGGUUGCCGUGCCCUUUUACGCAGACGUCGCUCGCAAGCUUACGACAAGCGCCCGCAUCCGGCCACUCCGCCGGACCGGCCUGGUGGACCAUGAUGAACGGGGUCGGCGGCGCGCUGUAUGAGGAAGCGCACGCGUCGCCACCCGGGGGUUCCCCACCGGCCGCUCCAGCUGCUGCGCCACCCUCAGCAUCGAGUGCCUCACCGGCCUCUGUUGGCUCCAAUCCCCCACAACCACCUCUUCACAUUCCGGCUAAGCGGUAUGAACCGGAGCCGGGUGUUAUACGGCACGCGCAGCAGCCUUGGGGUUACCCGCCUGACGCGCCAGGCUCCUUCGAGCAAUACCCCACCGGACCUACCUAUUAUAAUUUACCAGUGGAAAGGGAGCGCAAGUCAACGCUGCCCUUCUGGCCUACGAGUAGCGGCGAAUAUAAGCCCUAUGCAGAUGGUGGAUGUCAUCAGGGCUUCUCGCAGCCUUGUUGGAAUUACCCAUAUGGGGCGCCAAGAGGUGACCAGCCCUUGCCGUACGUCAGUGGUGAAGAACGACGAACGGCUGUUUCCGAGGCGUCUGGUUUCUCCCACGAUGCCUAUGGUCUACGAAAUUACGCGCCAGAGACAGUGUCCAGCGCGCCUUAUCCACCACCAGGAUCUUUACCCGGUUCCUUAUCGAUGUCGGUGGGUGUCGGUGUUGGAUGCGGAUCCUCAAACCCCCUCGACUGGACUGGUCAAGUGACUGUCCGUAAAAAACGUAAACCCUACUCGAAGUUCCAGACACUCGAGUUAGAGAAAGAGUUCCUUUUCAACGCUUAUGUCUCGAAACAAAAGAGAUGGGAGCUGGCGAGAAAUUUGAACCUAACCGAGAGGCAAGUAAAAAUAUGGUUUCAGAAUAGACGAAUGAAAAACAAGAAGAAUUCGCAGCGGCAAGCGGCGCAGGCGGCGCAGAACAACAACAAUAAUUCAAACGCGAACAACCAUAACCAUCAUGGUGGGCACCAUCACGCGCCACACCAUGUCGCGCUGCACCAUGCUGCACCAGCUAAACACCAUCAGUGACCCGCGCCUUUCUCUGGGACUUAUCCCCUUCACCACGGUAUAGCCAGCUAAAUUAGAUGAACCGAGAAGGAAAGUUCCAUAGGACCUUUGUGAAAGUGGUCGUACUUAAUGUUUGAAAGUUACGAGAGGAUUCAUUUACGUCCAAUGUUUGUUACCGGAUAGACUAUAUAGGAACGUCGUACGCGCUAUACCGUUUCGUAGGUAAAGUGGACGCUGAGCCAGCGCCAGGAGCGCUCCAGUCCCAGAGAAUCUCAUAGUAAGAUAAUUAUUGUGUUGUCGAUUUGUGUAUAGUAUUAAUUACGAAAUAAUGUUCUGUAAUUUUAACGAGACUAAGUACAUGAAUAGAUAAUGAUUCCUGAUAUUAAUAAUAUCUAGUAUAGUGCUGAUGUAUUUGUUUAUUUAAGUAUCUACGAAAUACGAAUAUUAAAGACGUCACCCAUUUAUUAUAGUUUCUAGAUAGUUUAUUGAAAUAAAUUUUGUAAAAUAUUUUGUGAGACUGCUUAUUGUUGUAUUCGUAAAGCUGUUCAGCGGGUGAUUAGUCUUAAUCAGUUAACAUUUAUUUUCGUUACCAAAUUGUUGAAUUACUCGGGUUGCUUUGGUGGCAGUUAUAGAUGUCUAUCAUAGUAAAUAUGGUAUCCACGUGACAUUGAUUUUAUGUAGCAUACAUUGUAUGUAAGUACAUAGUGUAUUUUCGCUACCAACAACAUCACAUCUCUUACAAUUACAAAAUAAGCAGAAACAGAAAUCGCACUAUGAUCAAAUAUUUAUUACUGUUUAAUUUCUUAUCUCAUAAUUCGUAAAUUUUGUUAUUUAAAUUAUGGAUUUCUGACAAAGCUUUAACUCGGUUCCAGUAGAAUUAUACAUUAAGUUACUGUUAUAGCAUUUUUAAAAUAUUGAAGUUGAUGUUAUAAUCAAUAAGGUAUUAUGGGCAAGUGCAUUAAUAUUGUCCCCUAUUGGUUCAUUGUACUGUUCGCUUAAGCCUCUCUUAUUACUUUUUAUUAUUUUUGUUUUAGUUAAAUAUUUUAUUAUUUAUUUAUAGAUUACACGAGCAUAACUGAAAUUUAAAAAUAAUUAUACUUUGUCUACAUCGAAUGGAAUGUGUACUAUAAGUAUGUUCAUUGUGUACAACAAAUUAUUACAAAUUUUGAUUACUUUUAUUUUAAGAUCUUCAUGAUUCAACCCAGUUUUAGGAUUAUCAUCGUCAUACUAUUUAGCUACCUUCAUCUUCCCUAUUUUAUCAUAUUAUAUCUAUGUAAUAAAUGUUUUCUUGUAAACUUAGUAGUUCACUCGGAUCUAAUUCAUUAAAUCUGUAUUGUCCUGUAAUUUUAUAGUGAAUAAUUAGAUGUUUUUGUACAAAAUGGCGACCUCGUCUAGGUGACCGAAUUUCUAUACAAAGCAAGGUAUAUACUGCCGUGUGCUUGUGACUUAGACGAAUCUAUGACUAAGUUUAUAUGAGAUUGUGACGUAUGUGACAAUCAUUAUCUACAUGUUACAUAAUAACCGAAAAAUUAAAUCCUAACAGUUUUAAUUUAUGAACUUUAUCUGAAAAGCAGUUUCAAAAGUAAUUCUCAUACGUAUUUUAUUUAAAUUAAAAUUUAACAUCAUUAUAUUGGCCAAGUACUUAGUUAACCUUUUUAUUGUUUGGUUUACAUGUCGCUCCUCAAUAUACAGGCUGAUUGCUUUUCAGAUGAAGUUUUUCACUUCUCGUAGUUUAUGUAAUACGAACUGUAUAUUCAACGAUUUCAGUAGACAUUACGAAUAGAAACAUACUUAUCUAUACUAUUGUAAUAAUUAAAGGUCUCGUAAUUAUUAUUGUACAGAUAAAUUAAAGUAGUUAAUCACGCCAGAAAAUGUGAGGUUUUGUUAAGUAUAAUGUAUAAUUAAAAAUGAAUGUGCUCUCAACAAUUUUAUGACGAAUUUAGAAAAGAAUGUAUGAAAGGGGAAAAAUUAAAUACUUCGUCGUGUCUUGGUUA